AUGGAAUUAACUCGUGAACAUUUUCGCGCAAUCAUUUUUCACGGCUUUCGACGUGAAUUAACACGACAAGAGUGCAUCGAUGAACUUACAUCUUUGUAUGGCGAUGGAGCACCAUCUUAUAGCACUGUGAAAAACUGGUAUAAUGAAUUCAAUCGUGGCCGACGCUCGCUCGAAGACGAAGGUCGUGAAGGUCGUCCAAAAACAGUCGUUGUUCCAGAGAACAUUGACGCCGUGCAUGAACUGACUGAGCGCGAAGAAGCGGAAAUAGUCCGAAAAGUGAAGAAAAAUCCUCGACUUAGUGCGCCAGAAUUAAAGGCCGAACUCUUCGCCGACCAUGGGAAGACCGUUUCAGCCCAAACCGUUCGUCGUACCAUAAAAAGCCAUGGGUACAACGGCAAGGUCGCUCGAAAAAAGCCUUUGCUGGCUGAGCGCAACCGGAAGUUAAGGAAAAAUUUUGCCCUGGAGUACUCCAAAAAGGACCAAAGCUGGUGGGACGAUGUCAUUUUCUUAGACUAG